ACAGCGGAUAGUUAGGAGAUCAACUGCAAGCAACGCAUCCUUCCUUAACACUGGUAACUUUCAAAAUGCAAAGGGAAAGUGGCGAGGAUCUAAACUCUUUUCGAAAGGAGACUGGCAGUGGGCGUGCUCAUCGGUCUGAAGCUGGAACUCCUACGCCUCGCAGAGUGGACCUGGGAGAUGAAUACGACCCUCAUCUAUUUCGUCAAGUACCAAACCCCACCAAUGACCUGGAGACGCUGUUUCACUUACUGCGACUUGGUUUGGGAACCGGUAUCCUGGCGAUGCCGCAAGCGUUUGCCAAGUCUGGCCUUAUCACCGGCAUUAUCGCAACAAUAUGUGUGGCGAUUUUAGUGACCCACUGUCUUCAGGUGCUAAUCAGAUCGCAGUAUGGUGCAUGCAAGGUUGAGCGUGUCCCUUUAAUGUCGUAUCCUGAAGCGGCGCGCGUUACUUUAAAUCUAGGACCGAAAUGUCUACGUCCACUUGGUGCACCGUCAUCCGUCGCCAUUGAUUUCUUUCUAAUUACCUACCAACUAGGUGUGUGUUGCGUGUAUAUCGUCUUCGUUGCCGAUAACGUCAAGAAGCUUUUGGAUCCACAUUUCGUGUUUUCUGUGGAGAUGCAUAUGCUGUUUCAAUUGCCCGUGCUCAUCGCACUAAACAUGAUCCCAAAUCUGAAGAUGUUAGCGCCAUUUUCUGGCGCGGCUAAUCUCGCUACAUUCACCAGCCUUUUAAUUGUGAUCUACUAUCUCUUGACUAUGGAGCGUUCAAAGGAGCCUCUUGAUCUUUGGGGUUCACUAUCAACGUUUCCACUGUUCUUUGGUACCAUCGUGUUUGCGCUGACGGCUGUUGGUGUUGUGGUGGCGAUCGAAAAUAAUAUGAAAACUCCAAAAUCGUUUGGUCGGCCGUGCGGCGUGUUGCAUAUCGGUAUGAGCGUUGUAACUACGCUCUUCAUCGCGAUUGGCUAUAUAGGCUACAUAUUCUGUGUUUCCGAAUGCCGUGACGUAAUCACUUUGGAUCUUCCUCCUGGGCCGUACGUGUAA